UCAUCGUUAGAACACCAGGCACGCCAUAGGGGAGCAACACACUGACGUCUCAUCACCAGCCACGUAGGCUACGGAGAGCGGGGAACAGAGACUAUUAUUUUACAUACUUCACAACACCUUGUGAAGAGCGCGCAGUCUUCAGUCUGUCUCCGCAAAGCCCGUCGUACGGCACAGAGAGAACUUCAGGAGCGGUGGUAUAGUUGCAGCAUGUUACAUUUUCGGUAUUCUGUGUCCAAGCAUAUCAGCCUGGCAACUGUUUAAUUUGCAGAGCAGUUUUGGAAGAUCGUUUUUUUUCGGCUGAUGUGACACUAUCCAUUUGGAAUGAUGUGGACCUCUCAUGAUUCUAUUGGAUUUGUUUUCUUGUCCAGUUUAUGUAUCCAAUUUGGGUGCUCCUUUGAAGGAAAGUUUACGGAUAUCCCCUCCAAUCUAACGGUAAAAGAAGGUCAAAACAUUGAAAUGGCGUGCGCCUUCCAGAGUGGAACCGCAUCUGUAUACUUGGAGAUUCAAUGGUGGUUCAUUAGAGCACCAGAAGAACCAAGCAAUAGUGAGGAAGAAGAUGACGACGAAGAGAUGGAAAUGAUACCAGAGCCUGAUCCAGAUGAUGAAGGAACUAAGAUAAGUACGGUGAAGGUGCAGGGAAAUGACAUCUCCCACAAACUGCAGAUCUCCCGGGUGGGAAAGAGUGACGAGGGCCUGUAUGAGUGCAGAGUCACCAACGCCAACUAUGGAGAGCUGCUGGAGUACAAGGUCCAGGCCUACCUGAAGGUGAACAGCACCCGGCCCCGGACCAGGCCGGCAAAGAACACAUCCCCGCUGUCCCACCUGACAGCAGAUAAGAAGCCCCGCAAGACAGGCUCCACAGCAGCACAAGACAGCAUGAGUGCCGACCAGAGGGUCCGCUCUACCUCCAGCUCUCAGACGUCAUCAGCCAAGACAGUCAAACACAGCUCAGGUACAAGGAUAUCUACAAGCUACGGACUUGCCAUCCUGAUUCUUGCCUGUGGCUUUUUGAGAGAUACCUGGCUAUAGUUUCAAGAACUGACUUUUACUCCCAGUAUCAAUCCCUCUUCUCAAGGCAAGAAGAAAAGUACCUGUUAUUAACACAAAUCGGACAGCACAGUUGGCCCUUAUUUUCCAACCACUACUCUGCCCCCAAUGCAUUCUUAUUACCCCCCCUCCCUUCCAGAGACCCCUCCACCUUACUACCCACCUCCAGAGACCCCUCCACCUUAUUGCCCCCCUCCAGAGACCCCUCCACCUUGCCAACGGCCAGCGGCGGGAUUAAAUGUCUAGCCGACGUUUCUUCAACGCUUCUUCAACAAUCAAAACAACAACGGAAACUGACAGUAUCUCCGUGGAAUAUCUUUCACAAAUACUUUUAUUUUGGUUUCCUGCAGUACAUUUAUUGUCAUUGCAUAAAGUAAAAAAAAAAAAUCUAUAUUUGUGUAAUAUAUAAAUAUGAGGCUAUUUAAUUGUUUAAUUUCAAACACCCAGAACUGUGUAUAGAUUACAUUUACUAUGUUUACCAUUCACAUUGUGGAAGGGUGUUUAUGUAUAGGCCUAGUACGAUUACUCAAUUCGGCAAUGUAUUAUUUUCUAAAUUCCAUAUGUUUUCUUGUUUUUACAAACCUGUUCUCAUUAAUUCUCACUUUUUUUAUAAUAUUUUCUUUGGUAUUUAAAUAUAAAAUUUUCACUGACAUUUCCUGAUAUUUAACAGCUUCACAUGUUAUGAUGCGUAAACAUGUCAAUGUUCUUAUGAGACCCUGCCAGCGAACAAUUACAUUUCAAUUGGGCUGCACUAAUUAAGAAAUGGCAUGCUUCACUUACAAUUAGCAACAUUAAAAUGUGCUCCAUCACUGAGGACUGAGUAUCCAAGUACAGCUACGAAGUCUAAUGCUUGGAGGCAUCUAUUUGUAAAGAAUCUCAUAUUAGCCAAGAAGAGUUCUCAUGCCUUUUGAUUCCCCCGCGGUAUAGGUUUCUUUCCUGUAACAUAACGAGAAGGAUGAUUCUACAGUUCUCGUGAUUAAGGAAAUGGUUUUAAAUUACUCUUGCUCUUAUCCCUUCUCAUUCUUCAUUAACACAACGCUUUGACAAUCUGACCUCUUAAUUCAGAACCCAUUAGCAGAAUAUAUGGAGUCUACUGUAAUACAAAUCUGUUGAUUCGAUAUAGAAGCAUUCUAGCAGUCUCUGCAUUGUUCUAUAGACGUUCACCACUUGGAAUAAUUUCCAUUCACUCUAUGGAUGCUGCAUUUGUAUGUAUAGAUAUUGUUAAGUACAGUGAUCACUGGACAUUUCCCCCCAUAGCUACUGUGUGAAUGGGUGGAGUUGUUAAAUGGAUUAGUGACAGUUGGUGCUUCACAUUUGCCAUUCUGUUGGCUGAAGAGGGUCUCCUUAGAGAGGGUCAUUGUAAAAUGUAUCAUGAAACCAAAGGACAGUGGCUAUGGCCAUACAUUAUUGACAUUCAUCAACACUGAUCUCUUUGCACAUUGCUUAAAUUGUAGCAUAGUGCUCUCACAUAUUGUACCAAUAUAUUCCAAAUAUUAUCAUGGUCUCAGAAGAAAUUUUCCUGGAUUCACAAAAAAAAACAUCUAUCCAUUUCUUCAAAUUGUAUUUAAAAUAAUGGCACUUUGGACUUACUGAGAUGGGAAAAAACUAUAUAAAUACAAAGCUAUUGGCGUUACAGACAAAUUCCACGGGCCACAAAUAAGCAUGAUAUUGCUCUAGGUCUUAAUAGGCUUUUCUACAGUGAACAUAGUCUCCAGUCCGCAGUACACUGAGCUCCUGUGUUCAAUGAGGGGAUUUAAACCUGUUGAUACAGCAGCUGGAGAUAGCUGACAGAGUCUAGAACACUGCAGGAUAUCAUCCACCUACAGACAUAUCCCGAUCAGCAAGUCUCGUCAGAGUACAAGACGUGUGGGUGAUGUAUUUGCAGUAAUCUUUACUGUUCCGCCAGUGGCUGUUUGAGAACAGUUAAUCUGGCAACGACGUAUAAUGCUGCAUACAUUGAAAAAUUUAUAUCAAGCAAAAAUCCAAUGAGACUUUUUUUACUGAUAUGAAUCCUAAAUGUUCAUUUUGAGGAAAACAUUUUUUUUUUGUGGAAAAUUUGGCUUUAGCCAGAAUAUAUUCUCUAGUCAGGGCCUGAUGAUAUGAAUAGCAUAUUUGUGUGCACAGUAAAAUGAAUGCCAUCAGUUUGUCAAAUCCCUAUAUAUAUAUAUAAAACUAAAUAAAAAAAUGCAAAACUUGUAAAGUAAAUUAUGAGCAUGUAUCCUUUUUUAAAACAAAAUGUAUAAAAGGCAGAGAAGUGAUGUUCUGUAUUUGUAACAAUGUUGUCAUUUAUUCAUUUUUAAGUGUUAACAACAGGAAAUGGGAUUACACAAAUCUUCAAGCGUUACUGACAGUUGGAUUAACUGUCCAAUAAGGAAGAUUUCUUCUAAAUGGCAACACUAUUCAGGUUGCAGUACCUCAGCUUACUGGAUUUUAUCAAGAAGAAAUGGAAUCACUUCAGAGUGCUUUAGGUCAAACAAAAGUGGAUAUAUCAUUUAAAAGAUCGACAGCAGAAUUGUUUGUAAAUGUUUCAUAAUUGUGGUGGCUAACAAGCAAUGAAGUUUCAGCCAAACAAGACACACUAUUAUGACUUUUGAGCAGCACUCCAGGGAUAUUGUUUCAAAAACGCCAACACUGCAAUUUUAUGUGGUAUUUUUUAUGAUGCCUAUAUCCAUUGUUUCAGCUCCACAUAGAUGUAUUCUUUGAUUUCGCUUCAUCUUGAUGCAGUCCUGUCUGUUUAUUGAGUCGUCAAAUAUUUUAUGAACUGUAAUUUUCUUUUUAUUUGGAACUGUGUGAAGCUUCUGUACUGGAACGUUACUGCAGUUUGUAUUAUAAUGGUAUCAGAAUAAUAUUUAAAUAAAUCAUUUUCACAGAUGGAAUUCAAACACUUUCCUCUGAUGGAUUCCAUCUGUUUAGCCAGUAACAUACUGUGACUUGACCUUUUUGACAGUUAUGUAGUGAGCUCUGGUGAAUUGGAUAUAGAUCGUUGUGGUGACAUGGGGAUGCACAUAAUGGCCAUUCUAUCAACCAUUUUCAGAAGCAGGACAAGGCUUACUCUGGUUUGGUCUUAGCUCCAGGGCUAGUUUUAGUAAACACCAAUGUCCAAAAACAGACUUCACUUUUCCCUGAGGCCUUAAUAGUCAACUGGUUACAAUUAUCACAACCAACAUGUGUUUUACAACGCGUCUAAUAAGAUAGAAGAGCUGCCAACUGGAUGUUCUUCUGUUCAAUUAGUUCUGUCUGUUGCCACACAACACCAUCUGUGGCAUUGUUAUCACUUGUUUUUA